UUAGACUGGUGGAAGUCUAAUUACAAUAGAUUUCUUAUUUUAUUUAUUUUAGUAAAAUAUUAUUUAGCUAUUCUAACUACCUCUGCUGCUAUAGAAAGUGUUUUUUCUAUUAGUAAUAAUAUUAUAAUAAAGGCUAGAAAUAGGUUAAAUUUUAACCUAGUUUCUGAAAUAACAUUAUUAAAAAGCUGGAUAAAGGAUUUUAAAGAGCUUGAAAAUGAAUAUUUUAAAGAAAAUAAAUUAGAUUAG